UUCCGCUAUGCGUCCCCGCGUCACGAGCGCCGAGCUCCAUGGCCUCCCCGUCUAACCCGUCCUAACCUGCAAAUCGCUCAAGUGACUCCCGCCAGUGAUUUCCGGAUCCGCGAUUUCUGCGCCCACGCCCGGGUCUCGAGUCACACCCAGAUGUCCAAGACACGCGUGUUCGCGAGUGAGAGUGGUGAGUGCUCCGCGGCGAGGAUACGCUCCUAGGGGCAGGACUCCCUUCGCCUUCGCUCCAGUUCACGUUUUUGUCGGGUUUUUGGUUUUCGAGCCGAGACAAUGAUCAGGACGACUCCAGUUCGAGGAUAAUCAGUGGUGCGGAGUCGGUGUGGAUCUUGAUUUUGACCCCGUUGGUCGGGCUCGUGCGUUGCCCCCCUUGGGGUUUGGACCCCUGAGUGUUCGUGUCCGGUGGUGUCUGUCGUCUUGAGAAAGCGCGUCUUCGAUGGGAAUAGCCCGACAACCUCCCAGGACUUAUCACCGUCAAUGAUGGUACCAAUCCAAAAUGUCGUAACGGCAACGGAACAAUGCUGGGCGUGGUUAGAAUGGAGCGGUUUGUGGUUCUGGCGAUGGUCGCUGUGGUAGCUGGAAAUCCAGAGGCGAAACGCCUUUACAACGACUUGCUCAGCAAUUACAACCGACUCAUUCGACCCGUCGGAAACAAUACGGAUAGACUGACCGUCAAGAUGGGGCUCAAACUUUCACAACUCAUAGAUGUGAAUUUGAAGAGUCAAAUCAUGACGACAAACAUGUGGGUCGAGCAGGAAUGGAAUGAUUACAAGCUGAAAUGGAACCCGGAGGAAUACGGUGGGGUGGAUACGCUGCAUGUACCAUCCGAGCAUAUCUGGUUACCGGAUAUCGUCCUUUACAACAACGCCGACGGGAACUACGAGGUAACGAUAAUGACGAAAGCCAUCAUCCAUCAUACGGGCAAAGUUGUGUGGAAACCACCUGCCACCUACAAAUCUUUUUGUGAAAUUGACGUAGAAUACUUUCCUUUCGAUCAGCAAACCUGUUUUAUGAAAUUCGGCUCUUGGUCAUACGAUGGUUACACGGUGGAUCUGCGGCACAUUUCGCAGACGCCGGACUCGACGGAGAUCGAGAUGGGGAUCGACCUGCAGGACUACUACCUCUCGGUGGAGUGGGACGUCAUGCGGGUGCCGGCGACGCGGAACGAGAAGUUCUACUCCUGCUGCGAGGAGCCCUACCAGGACAUCAUGUUCAACAUCACCCUGAGGAGGAAGACCCUCUUCUACACGGUGAACCUCAUCAUCCCGUGCAUCGGCCUUUCCUUCCUCUCCGUCCUCGUCUUCUACCUGCCCUCCGACUCCGGCGAAAAGGUCUCCCUCUGCAUCUCCAUCCUCCUCUCCCUCACCGUCUUCUUCCUCCUCCUCGCCGAGAUCAUCCCUCCCACCUCCCUCACCGUCCCUCUCCUAGGCAAAUAUCUCCUCUUUACCAUGGUCCUCGUCACUCUCUCCGUCGUCGUGACUAUCAUCGUUCUCAAUGUUAAUUUUAGGUCGCCGGUGACGCACAAGAUGACGCCUUUCUGGUACAAGGUGUUCAUCCAGGUGCUGCCGAAGGUGCUGAUGAUCGAGCGGCCGAACAAGGACGACUCGAUCGACGACGACAAGCCGGAGGGCGUCCUGACAGGGGUGUUCGACGCGGACCUCGGCGCCGACAAGUACCUCGCCUACGGUGGCCCCGAGGAGUACAGCCCCGAGUACGACAUCCCGGAGCCCCCGCCGUCGCGCUACGAGCCCAACUCCGCCCCGGCCCCUGUGGUGGUGCCACUGCCGCUGCCGUGCUUCGAGGAGCCGCCGCCGCCGUCGCCGCUGCCCGGGCCGGAGGACGACCUCUUCAGCGCCCCUGGCGGAGGGUGCGGGAACGCGCUCUGCCCCCGGCUGGCAGGACGCAGCCCCGUCUUCGAGCGCCCGCUCCGCGAGAUCGAGAAGACCAUCGAGGACGCCAAGUUUAUUGCUCAACAUGUAAAAAAUAAAGAUAAAUUUGAAAAUGUGAUAGAAGACUGGAAAUACGUAGCUAUGGUUAUAGACAGAUUAUUUUUAUGGCUAUUCCUUUUCGCUUGUGUCAUCGGAACGUGUCUUAUCAUUUUGCAAGCUCCCUCGCUCUACGACACAACGAAGCCCAUCGACAUUGUGCAUUCCAAAGUUGCCAAGAAAAAACUGCGCAUGAUGAUGAUGGGCCCCGAGGAGGAUUAGUGAAUUCCAUUUCAGUUCCUUUUUUAUUUUUGUUAUACUCGCGCCAAAAAAGACUUAGCUAAACAGCAUCAACGCGGUAACCGCAGGUUUAUUUGAUUUAUUUUGGUUUCAUCUUUAUCUUUAGUGUUAUCAAAGGUUUGUUGUUCUCAAACGUCGAAGGAAUAUUGUAUUAACAAAAUUUCUGAUAGUUUUUCUGGGUAGGCAGUAACUUAGUGCCAAGCAUUUUUUUGAGGAUAUUUGACAGAUUUUGAGGCAAUACAAAUAUAUUAAUAAUGCAGACUUUGAGGUAACAUCGGGAAAAACCCUACUGUCACCUCAAAGUCCAUGAACGAAAUUGUUUAAGGAGCUCGGACUCUGCAGACAGUCCUGUAAAAUUUCCUCAAUUUUGUUUUCCACAUUUCCUUCAUUUAUCCCGCAUGCAACACGCAAAGUCGUUGAAGGAAUGGUGACAAGGUUUCGUAUAUGAGAGCGUCGAAUCUACGAAGUAGCAGUGACUGCGAUAAGUUGUGAGUUAAUCUGGGAAUGUAUCGCGACUUUAUCUACGUCGAUUUAUUGCAAUAUUAUCGAAUGAAAAAUUGCAAUACGUUGCAUUUCCAUAGCAUACAUUUGCAAUGGAAUCGCGAUUUUAUCGACGGCGAUUAAUCACAGUACUAUACAACAAAAAAUCGUGAUGAAUUGAUAUGAAAUUUCGAUUUUAUCGAAUGCAAUUUUAAAGACAUGACAUCGUGACAAGAUUGAAGAUAAUCGCCCAGAUAUUGAUAGCCCUGAUGGCAAUUUUAUCGCCAAAAAAUCGUAAAAAAUCGCGACUUGAUUUCAAUGUAUCGCGAUUUUUCCGUUGCAAAUGCUAUUUUGGAGCUAAUGGCAUCAUUCGAAGGACCGAAUUUGUGGUUGUCCUUUGAACGGCAUGUUAUUAAGCUGUGAUGUUGUUUUGUUAAGUCUUCCAUGAGUGCUAUUAUGCGAGUAUUGUAAUUUGCGGGAACCACGUGCCGCCCAAUAAUUCCUCUUUGGCCAAAAUAUAGCCGAAGUGAAAAGCACAAUCUUUGUGUUCGGUCACGGCUGGUUCCAGCGUUUUACAUUCACACACACCGUAUGCGCAGUGGCAAUCAAUAAAAGUUGGUAACAUUGAAUUUCAUUCACUUAAAUCUACAUUAUAAAAAAUCGAUAUGAAUCGUAGUGGCAGUCCUAGCCGUGGAUCAAGUACUUAUCAUUAGUUCAAAUUAAAAUAAAGCUGCGUUACCAACUUGCCAGAAAUCGCCACCGCGUAUUUAGUUCAUGCUACGAGCGCAGACUGUGUGUGCGUGAGUAAAGCGUUUCCCAUACGUAAAUAAUUAAAAUGAUUCGAUUGAUUAGUGUAUAAAUGUAUGGAUUUAUGUUUUUACCAUUUGAAAAUAUCUGAUCAAACUGCCGGUCAAAUUUUUGUCGUCCGGUCUAUCCGACGGAAGUUAAAUUAUUUAAAUUGAAAAGUUUUAUCGUCAAUGCUUCCAUCGACUAAGGUUGUUUUAUGGGAUGCCUAGUUGUUUUUUGUCGUUGUUGUUGUUUUCCUCUUACUUUUUUUAAAAAUACAAAUUUAUGAAAUUAGCAUGACCACUGUCAUGUGUACAUUCAAAAGCAUGACAAAUCUUACAGUGCACAUGUGCAUGAGAGUCUUGUCGAUUUCUUGGAUGGUUUAAAUUAUCCGACAUGUUUCCUCUAAUCUAUUUCACACAAUUUCUAAAUGACACAUGAAGAAAUCGUUUAAGAAAAAAAGGAGUCAUUUUUGAUCUUUUACAUUCUCACCCCUUGAGUAUUGUUCCUAGUAAUGCCUCAAGCACCAGUAAAACUGCGUCAAGAAGCAUUCUUCAGAUUAUCUCUGAGUAAAAUUCCGAGGAAUUAAUCUCUUUUGUCAAUACAUUUUAAUUUUUUUUAUAUUUUUAUCGAAUUGUACAAAGUUACCGCUAAAUAAUGUGAAAUGCGGGUGCAAUUGGCAACGUUCUCUCUCGCCUGUAAACUCGUUACAUGACAUGACGCUCCUUAACUUUACGCAGUAGCGAUCUCCGGAAGUUGGCACCGCUGGGUUCAGUCCAUCAUGAACUACUCGAGCAGUCCGACUACAACAUAGAGUACAUAGAGUCGUAAUGUGAGAGGGAGUGCUGGGACCACCAAAGCUUUCCAGCUCCCGAAUUCCGAGACUUUUGUAUCACGCCGGGUUUUUUUGUCGAUACAUAAUCGAUUGUUAUUGCGAUGUACGGGACCCGGCCAUACAAUAUACACAAAGAGGAUAGGAAUCACCACGUAUUCUACAUCGCCAUUUUGGAUCGAAAAAGUUACCGAAGCUCGGCGCACACCGGGCUCGGAACCCGUCGUCCAGGACAUGGUCUCAACUCUCCCAUUCACAUUACGACUCUAUGUACUCUAUGCUGUACAGUACAAUCGUGGGCUUAAUAAUAGUGGCUCGUUGCCGACUGUUCAGUCUGGGCGCGUGAGCAAACUGUCAGGCUGUACAGCUAGACUGCUCGUGGAAUAGCAACUUAGAUAUUUGUAAAAUAGUCCAUAUAUCUAUGUCAUAUAGAAUCUAUCAAAAACAUAGGAGGAAAAACGGGAAACAAGGCAAAAAAUUACACAAAAAAA